AUGACGUGGGACAGGCAGACUGGUGGAAGCGAAAGGGACCAGGACGGUCCCGGCGCGGUGGGAGCGGAGGAGAGGAGAGGAGAGGAGGAGCUGUUGUUCCGCCGCCCCAUUGUUGGCCAGAAGGAGACGCGCAGAGGCUCGGCGGCGCUUGGGGAUCAGGUGCGGGCCCUUGGCUUACUUUUGUCCAAACCGAGGAGGAGAAGGGGAGGAGGCGAGCCCGGCGGGUCCUGGCGCUGCGGGACUUGGCCUGCCGCCUCAUUUGCAUGCCUUCCUCUUGCUGCUGCUCCUCCUUCGCUGCCGCCGCGGUGCGUUUUUGCGCUGCGCUUUUGGAGAGCUCCGACGGCGCUCGCCAGGAGCGCCGGCUCGCCGCUUCUUGCCUGCCUGCCUCGGCUCGCCUCCCACUCGCGCUUCGCCCGCUGCUCUCCCAAGCUGAGCUUUUCUCUGUCUCUCCUCCUCUCUCUUUCCUCUUGGACCUUCGAAAGGACGAUGAUCACCCCGGCCAGCCAGCCCGAGCGGAGGAGCCCGGCGGGGACGCCUGUACAGGACUGCUCCGAUGGCCAGUGGCAACUGCAGCAGCAGCAGCAGCAGCAGCCCAAGAAGGACGUGGAGCUCAUCCUGGUGAAGGAGCAGAACGGCGUGCAGUACACCAGCACCAAUCUCUUGCAGAGCGGCAGCUCCAACUACAGCUCUGGCGCCCAGGCGCCCGACCGGGAGACGUGGGGCAAGAAGAUCGACUUCCUUCUCUCCGUCAUUGGGUUUUCAGUGGACCUGGCCAACGUGUGGAGAUUCCCCUACCUCUGCUACAAAAACGGAGGAGGUGCCUUCCUCAUCCCUUACAUCCUCUUCCUCAUCAUAGCUGGGAUGCCCUUAUUCUAUAUGGAACUAGCUUUGGGCCAGUAUAACAGAGAAGGGGCUGCCACUGUAUGGAAAAUCUGUCCACUUUUUAAAGGUGUCGGCUAUGCUGUGAUACUCAUAGCUCUAUACGUGGGUUUCUACUACAACGUCAUCAUAGCUUGGUCUCUGUAUUAUCUCUUUGCAUCAUUCACACUGGGGGAACUUCCCUGGACAAAAUGUGGCAACCCCUGGAACAGUGCCAACUGCACGGACCCCAGGAAUGCUUCAGCCUUUGUUACUGGCAUCACUUACUCCAAGUACAAGGUGACUCCCGCCGCUGAGUUUUAUGAACGGCGAGUUUUGCAGCUUCAUCAAAGCAACGGGAUUCAAGAUAUCGGCUUGCCACGGUGGCAACUUGUUCUGUGUCUGUUGGUAGUGGUGAUAGUACUUUUCUUUAGCCUGUGGAAAGGUGUGAAGACUUCAGGAAAGGUUGUAUGGAUAACAGCCACAUUGCCUUAUGUUGUAUUAUCUGUGCUGUUAAUCCACGGACUAACAUUGCCUGGUGCAUAUGAUGGAAUCAAAGCGUACCUCAACAUAGAUUUCAGAAGGUUAAAAGAAGCCACAGUAUGGAUUGAUGCAGCCACACAGAUAUUUUACUCCCUUGGAGCUGGAUUUGGGGUCUUAAUUGCUUUUGCCAGCUAUAAUAAGUUUGACAACAACUGUUACAGGGAUGCAUUGAUGACCAGUACGAUCAACUGUGUCACCAGCUUCAUCUCGGGCUUUGCAAUCUUUUCCAUAUUGGGCUACAUGGCUCAUGAAUAUAAAGUCAGCAUUCAAGAAGUGGCCACCGAAGGACCUGGAUUAGUUUUCAUCCUUUAUCCAGAAGCUAUUUCAACCCUUAAAGGAUCAACUUUUUGGGCGAUUGUGUUUUUCAUAAUGUUGCUUACAUUGGGCAUUGACAGUGCUAUGGGUGGCAUGGAAGCUGUCAUCACUGGCUUAGCAGAUGAUUUUCAGAUCCUGAAAAGACGCAGAAAACUUUUUACAUUUUGCGUCUGUUUUAGCACCUUUCUGCUUGCUCUCUGCUGCAUAACAAAUGGUGGAAUCUACGUGCUUACCCUGUUGGACACAUUUGCUGCUGGGACGUCCAUCUUGUUUGCGGUUUUAAUAGAAGCCAUUGGUGUUUCCUGGUUUUAUGGUGUAGACAGAUUUAGUGAAGAUAUCGAGCGAAUGAUGGGUUUCAAGCCAGGCCUCUACUGGAGACUGUGUUGGAAAUUUGUGAGCCCAGCUUUUUUAUUGUUUGUGGUAAUAGUCAGUAUUAUCAAUUUCAAACCUCUGACCUAUGAUGAAUAUGUCUUCCCACCUUGGGCCAAUUCUGUUGGAUGGGGAAUCGCAUCGUCUUCAAUGAUCCUUGUCCCUGCAUUCGUUCUCUAUAAAUUAGUGAAGGCACGGGGGACCUUUAAACAAAGAUUAGCGUACUGCAUCACACCUGAGAACGAGCAACAUCUUGUAGCACAAGGAAACGUGCGACAGUUUAAGCUCCAACAUUGGCUAACUAUAUGA